UUUGAGUAAGUAAGGCGGGUUUCAGUUUGAGUAAGUAAGGAGAUGGAGAGAGAGAGAGCGGGCGAGAGAGAGUGAGCGAGGUAGAGGGAGAGAGAGCGAGAGAGAGAGCGAAAGAUGAACAACAGAGGUUCUCUCUGCGGUCCGCUAGGAAGUGAGGGAGGACGAGCGUCUGCCUGUUAGAUCGUUUAUCCUAAUCCCCCAGUAGUCCGCCCCGCGCCGGUCUGUCGGUACCGACCAUGUCCCGGUGUCCGGUAUGGACGGUGUCUCUGGUCCUGGUGCAUCUCUCCUCAUCGCUCUACAUCACCCCGCACACAGAGUCUCUCCAUGAAGUCCUGUCAGACUUUCAGGUCUUUCGUCCCCUCAGCACCGACUCUGAGGGGCGGUUCCUUUCUUACUUAGUGCCCGCCCCUAACCUGGACCGACCACGCCCCCGCAGCAGAAGACACGCCCCCGAUGGAGGAAGGGAGGACCACAUGAAGGAGAAGAGGGAGGAGGACCGCGGAGGGGGAGGGGCGGUCUUCUACAACGUGACCAUAUUUGGGCGGGAGCUACACCUGCGUCUGCAGCAGAACCGCCGAUUGGUCGCCCCGGGAGCGACGAUUGAUUGGCAGGAGGAGGAUGGGGGCAGCAUCCGGCUGCCCCUAGUGGACGCCCAGUGUCACUACAGCGGAGGCGUCACCAACACACCUGACGCCGCCGUCGCUUUAAGCACCUGCCAUGGACUGGCAGGUAUGAUCCGAUUGGGCAAGGAGGAGUAUUUUAUCGAGCCGUUGGAGAGAGGGGAGAAAGCAGAGCGAGGGAAGGGCAGAGGACAAGAGCACAUUGUUUACAGAAUGUCCGACAUUAUCAAACACCCGACAGCUGUCAAUCACACCGCGGAUGACUUCAAAAAAGGUUCUUUCCUUGGCUUUCAAUCUGAGCUGGAGAUGCUGAAAAAAAACACGAAUCACUCGAAUAUAGGGGGUCGCAUACGGCGGCAGGUAGAGGAGGAGGAGCUGUUCAAUGUAGAGGUUUUGCUGGGCGUGGAUUAUUCUGUCAUGUUGUUUCAUGGCAGAGAGCAGAUCCAGCGCUACCUGCUAACCCUGAUGAACAUAGUUAACGAGAUCUACCAAGACCGCUCUCUGGGCGCCAACAUCAACAUCAUCCUCGUCAGGAUCAUCAUCCUAUCAGCCAGCAAGUCCCAGGAGUUGAUCGAGGUGUGGAACCCGUCCCAGAGCCUGGUGAACGUCUGUCGCUGGGCGUACCUCCAGCAGAGGGCGGAGCAGAGCAGCGACCACCACGACCACGCCAUCUACAUCACCCGCCAGGAGUUCGGCCCCGCCGGCAUGCAGGGCUACGCCCCGGUGACAGGCAUGUGCCAGCCCGUGCGGAGCUGCACCCUGACCCUGGAGGACGGCUUCUCGUCCGCCUUCGUGGUCGCCCACGAGACGGGACACGUGUUGGGGAUGGAGCAUGACAGCCAGGAGAACGGCUGUAGUGAAGAGGCGCUGCAGGGCAGCAUCAUGUCCCCUCUGGUCCAGGCCGCCUUCCACCGAUACCACUGGUCCAGGUGCAGCCGGCAGGAGCUCAGCACCUACCUCCCUGCCUACGACUGUCUCCGGGACGACCCGUUUCAUUAUGAUCGGAUGGUAGAGCCUCAGCUUCCUGGUCUGCAGUUCUCUAUGGACCAACAGUGUCGCUUCGACUUCGGAUCAGACUACACACUCUGUACUGCUUACAGUACAUACGACCCCUGUAAGCAGCUGUGGUGUAGUCACCCUGAAAACCCCUUCUUCUGCAAGACCAAGAAGAGUCCGCCCGUCGACGGCACCAAGUGUGGACCCGGGAGGAACUGUUUUAAAGGCUACUGUCUCAAUCUGACCCCUGACCUCCUGAGACAAGAUGGCGGCUGGGCCAGCUGGAGCUUGUUUGGCAGCUGUUCGCGAUCCUGCGGAGGUGGCGUCCAAUACCGCACACGCCACUGUACCGGUCCCGCACCUGCCAACGGGGGGCGCCCCUGCAUCGGAAACCGGUUUGAGUUCCAGCUGUGCAGCCUGGGAGACUGUCCUACGUUGAGCGAUUACAGGGCGGAGCAGUGCCAGCUCUGGGAUCCGCACUUUGAACACGAAGGAACCAAACACCACUGGCUGAGCUACGAGAACCCUGAAUCGGAGGACAGGUGCCAGCUGUACUGCCAGUCUAAGGAGACCGGGGAGGUGGUGUACCUGGAGACCCAGGUGCAUGAUGGGACUCGCUGUUCUUACAGUGAUGACUACAGCUUGUGUGUGAGGGGGGAGUGUGAGCAUGUGGGCUGUGACCACCAGGUGGCGUCGGACAUGCAGGAGGAUCGUUGUGGCGUCUGUGGAGGAAAUAACUCCACCUGUCAGGUGGUCAAAGGGAACUUCACACGCAGCGCAAAAGAAGGUUACCUGAAGAUCUUAGAGAUUCCGGAGGGAGCCAGACACCUGGUGGUGACGGAACACAGAACAUCUCCUCACAUCCUCGCCCUGAAGAACCAGGAGACCGGUCUCCUCUUCCUGAACGGUGACGGCCAACUCCCAGAAUCCCGUGGGGUCAUAGAGAGGGGCGUGGCUUGGACCUACACCAACCAGGAAGAUCGGGACACCGUUGCGACCAGCGGACCGCUCACAAACUGCGUUAUCAUAAUGAUGCGUUGUCAUGGCGAGGCCAAGGUGACCGUGUCCUAUAAGUAUGUCAUCAAGGAAACCAAUAAGAGUUGUCCACCAUCAGCGGUGGACAACCGUCUCCCUGACGACACCGGGUUGUACCAGUGGGCUUUGAAGAAGUGGUCUGAGUGCUCGCAACCCUGUGGCGCAGGGAAACAGUACACCAGGUUCGGCUGCAGGCGUAAGGCGGACGGGAAGAUGGUGCAGAGAGUUUUGUGUUCCAAUGUCAGCAAACCGAGAGCCAUCAGUCGCUGGUGCAACACCCAGGCCUGCCCUACAGCCAGCUGGGUGCUGGCGCACUGGAGUGCGUGCAGUGCCUCCUGUGGUCAGAGCGGGUACGAGACCCGCUCGGUGCGAUGCCAACAGGCGUCCACCGGGGGGCAGCAGCGCUCCGUCUCCAGCCGGCUGUGUACGGAGGAGCGGCCAGCCGGGAGGAGGCCCUGCGGCCGCGUCCCCUGCCCCCUGAGCUGGAGGACGGGCCCCUGGUCGCCGUGCUCAGUGACCUGUGGGAAUGGUACGAUCCAGAGACAGGUCCUCUGUGGUUCUGACCAGAACUCGUCGGCCUGUGGAGGGCCGACGCCCGUGAGCCUGCAGCCCUGCCAGCUGCCCUCCUGUGACAAGAACACAUCUAUCGUCCAGUGGAUCUCCAGAUCUCCUCAGUCUUCUGCUGCUCCCCUCAUCACCAGGCAGCGUUGUCGUGGGGACCAGUCGGCCUUCUGUCGCCUCCAGGUGUUGAGUCGUUACUGUUCCAUGCCCAAAUAUAGACAGAUGUGUUGCAAGUCUUGUAGUCAUGGCAACUUCACCAGUCAUGGCAACGUGUCCAGGUCAUUAAACUCCACGCCAGGUCCGUCCUCUAAUCCGGACAGGAAGUGGUCACCAUCAGCCCCUCCCCCCUCUACAACCGCUGCUCUGCCCCGGGCCACCGGAGGCAACAUCAGCCAGGACUUUGUCUACGUGGACUUUGAGGACUAUGAGGAUCCUUCGGGGGGGACCUCAGCCCCCACCGUCCCCUCCAUCUCCACCGUCCCCUCCACCGUCCCCUCCAUCUCCACCGUCCCCUCCACCGUCCCCUCCACCUCCACCCCCACCACUAACAGAGCGCCCCUGGUCACCGACGUCGUCCCCGUGGUCACCGACGUCCUCACCGUGGUCACCGACGUCGUCACCGUGGUAACCGACGGGGGCGCCACGGUGACCACCACCAGUCUCCCGACCACGUCAGCCGUCGGGACAACGACACAGGAACAGAGCAUUCUGACCACGCCCGCUGUGACCACGCCCACGCGGGCCGCGAGCGCCAGGGCCCCGCCCCCCUCCUUCAGCAACGCGGUGGACGAGGCGUUGGCGCCCAGGGAAAGGGGGGGCCGGGUGAAAACACAGAACAGACGCAUCCAGCAGCUCCUCAACGAGAAGCGCAGGAGGGAGGUGCUGAGGAGAGCCAGCCCCGCCCGGAACGCCCGCAAACACACACACUAGUAAACACACACACACACACACACACACACACACGCGCGCACACACAUAAACACACACACAAGUACACCAACACAAACACUAGUAUACACAUGCCCUCACAC